ACCAUGGACUCGGACGCCAGCUUGGUGUCCAGUCGCCCGUCGUCGCCAGAGCCCGAUGACCUAUUCCUGCCGGCCCGGAGCAAGGGCAGCGGCGGCUUCUCUGGGGGCACCGUGUCUUCGUCUACACCCAGCGACUGCCCGCCGGAGUUGAGCGCUGAGCUGCGCAGCGCCAUGGGCGCAGCGGGCGCUCACCCAGGUGACAAGCUGGGUGGCAGCGGUUUCAAGUCCUCCUCGUCCAGCACCUCGUCGUCCACAUCGUCAGCGGCCGCGUCUUCCACCAAGAAGGACAAGAAGCAGAUGACCGAGCCCGAGUUGCAGCAACUGCGCCUCAAAAUCAACAGCCGCGAGCGCAAGCGCAUGCACGAUCUCAAUAUCGCCAUGGACGGCCUGCGCGAGGUCAUGCCCUACGCGCACGGCCCGUCGGUGCGCAAGCUCUCCAAGAUAGCUACACUGCUGUUGGCGCGCAACUACAUCCUCAUGCUCACCAACUCGCUAGAGGAGAUGAAGCGGCUGGUGAGCGAGAUCUACGGCGGCCACCACGCCGGUUUCCACCCGUCCGCCUGUGGCGGCCUGGCUCACUCGGCGCCCUUGCCCGCCGCCACGGCUCACCCCGCGGCCGCCGCCCACGCUGCACACCAUCCCGCUGUGCACCACCCCAUCCUGCCCCCCGCCGCUGCCGCCGCCGCCGCUGCAGCCGCCGCAGCCGCAGUGUCCAGCGCCUCUCUACCUGGCUCCGGGCUGUCGUCCGUCGGCUCCAUCCGACCCCCUCACGGCCUGCUCAAGUCUCCUUCGGCAGCCGCGGCGGCCCCUCUAGGGGCCGGGGGUGGCAGCAGCGGGGGCAGCGGCUUCCAGCACUGGGGUGGCAUGCCCUGCCCCUGCAGCAUGUGCCAGGUGCCGCCGCCGCACCACCACGUGUCUGCAAUGGGGGCGGGCAGCCUGCCGCGCCUUACUUCCGACGCCAAAUGA